UUGGCUCAUGCUCGCAUCGAGGUGCGGCUUCGGGGCCUCUCGACCCGCCGAUCACCUCUCGAGCCCAGCGACUGCUAAAGGAUCGUGCCAGGAAGGUAUCUCGGUACUGUGUAAAUACCCAAGUUGGGUUUCGGUGUUCACAAAGGGAUGCGCGGGGAAAGUACGAAUAUAAAAGUGUGUGGUCUCUCACGAGUAGCGAAGAGGUAUAUCAGCACUGGUCAAGUCGUCUCAUCAUUGCGUCCUGCCUUCCCGGUUGUUGACAACUUAACAACUUGACACUUUCCCUCUACGACAUCAAUAGUCGAAACUAUGGCCGACCCCAAGGUAGCCAAACUAUCCGAGGAGGUCCUCCAGAGCCUCAGCGGCACCGACUAUGCGUGCUCGUCGUUGGCACCCCUCUCUGGGGGGAUGGCCAACUUCAUCUUCAAGGGCACCCUGGCCAAGCCUCUCUCCGAUGGCACCAAGGAGGUUGCCGUGAAGCAUGGCGAGGACUACUUGGCCGCCAUUCCGGCUUUCUUGCUCCCCACAACCCGCUGUAAAGCCGAGGUAGAGUGCCUGAAGGCCCUCAACGAGCUCCCGCCGGCCAAGGGUGCCUACGUUGUUCAAACGCCCAAGCUCUACUACUCGAACCUAGAAACGAACACGCAAGUCCAGCAGUACUUGCCCAACGCGCUGAGCCUGAAGCAUUACGCUCUCAAGCAUUUCGCCUCUCCGGACCCCUCUAGAAAGCCUCUCUGUCUCGAACUGGGUCGCAGCUUGGGGGUGUGGCUCCGCGAUUUCCAUGUCUGGGCCUCGCAUCCGGAGCAGGCCAAGUUCAGGGAGCAGGCCAAGGCAAACGACGAGAUGCGGCAGAUCAAGCACAUGUCAACCUACGAGACUCUGGUAUCCACUGUUGCCGACUUCCCGGCCAUCCUUACUGAUGCGAAGGAAACGUUCGAGAAGAUCAGGGAUUUCACGGCCGAAGAACUCCAAAACCCAGCUCUCCAGGUCAUCCAUGGAGAUUUCUGGACGGGAAACGUCCUAUUGCCCAGCCAACCGCUGGAAGAAGGAAACCAAAUGCCAGUCUUUGUCGUAGACUGGGAGGUUUGCCAGUUCAACCUGCCCUCAUUCGACCUAGGACAAAUGAUUGCCGAACUCUACGAGCUCUUCCUGUUCCAGUGGAUAGAGGAGGGCAAGUGGAUAAUCGAGGGGUUCACGACAGGAUAUGGCCACGUGGAUGAUGAGUUCGCCUUCCGUGCCGCCCUUCACAUCGGCACCCACCUUAUCGCCUGGGGCCCCAAGGCGCCGGGUUGGGGAACGGAGGCACAGGUGCGGCAGGUGGUCGGCGUGGGGAAGGACAUCGUCCUGAACGCCUGGCGGAAGGAUCGUGCUUGGUUUGAGAGCGGCGAUCUAGCUUGCUUGUUCGGCAGCCAGUAGUCUCAACCGUCAAGCACGGCACGUCUGGGUCUGGUGUUUGGAGACUAUUGAGGGUCAAUGCGACACUAGAAGAGGUCUCAGCUGAAACCAUAGUCGGCACCCUAUUGGGUAUGCCGGGAGGGUCAAAACGGCAUUCGUGAAACGCCAUAUCGAGUCUUGAGAAUCUUGUGGAUGAUCGACGCCAUAUGUGACUCUAAUUCUUAAAACUGCCAAACGGCAGGAACCAUUAUCUAUGUGGCCCCG